AUUACUUGCACGAAUAUUUGGAUAAUUUACAUUUACUCAUUUACACUUCAAUAAUUUCGUGCCGAUCUAAGCCAUAGAGACCUGGCCUUGUACCUCUCUGCACGCUGCAUGAUUGUACCAGUAAUCCGACACAGUUGAUGUGUUAUUUCUUACGUUUCAGUUGUGUAAAAUGUUACAAAAAAAUGUUACAAAAUCUGCUAAAAACACGGAAGCCCCCCUUUCUCUUUAACAACGGGCCAGUUGUUUGAUAUCCGGCUUCCAAUCUAAUACGUUCUUUGUUCUCGGUCUGUGUCCGCACGCCAAUCCACCUCUGACCUCUGUCCGGACGCUGGCCGCGCAUGACAUAAGCACUCUGUCUCCGAGAGGACGCUGCCGCGCGUGCUGGGCUACGGCAACUGCCAGAAACACUUCCGACCACCGACCGGGAGGGUCCAGGUCCUGCAAAACGAACCCAUACCUGAGCCACAUUGGUUCGGGAUCGUCGCAGACAUGAAAAACCGCAACGCUGGAUCCAGCCUGGCAUUCCAACUCGUGCUCCUAGCUCUCGUGUGCCAGGAGGGCAACCCCGGCAAAGUUAUACACUCUGUGAUUGGCCCUUACAUUGCUUAUUCCGAACGCUUUUACAUGUGCGAACCAAACAGCAGCCUUCUUCCCUGGACACUAAAUCUCCGUGGUUCUCAUUUCAACCCAUAUAAACCAAAAAAGUUACAACUCUUGACAGGCAAUGUGACGGGUGUAAAUGUACUUCUUGAUAAACACGGCUGGACGAAAAUAAUUUUGGAUAUUCGAUCGAACAAUCAAUGGAAGGAGAACGCAUUUGUCUUUAACUUUAAUAAAAAGGGUGCAUGUCAAGUUUGCAAAGAACAAGGUCCUAAUUUUUACAAGCAGAUUUUUAAGGGAGAAGAUAAAGGCGCCUGCAUAAUCCAACCAGGAGUUUACGAAGCUAAUAACACCCCAGUGGACUGGAUUAAUCCAAAAGUUCCACUCAUGCCUUACGGAUCCUACAGGUUCAGACUCACGUUUGGCAACGCUGAGAACCUUUACGCAUGCUGGGUGAUACAUGCUAAGACAAUUCCGAAAACCGACUAGGACUGGCAACGUGCAACCGCCAAGGGACGCCUUUCGCUGCAGCACAUUAAUUUCGCUGGGCGCAUACAUAAUGCAGAGGACAUAUCGAUCGAUACCCUCUAAGUGAAACCGCUCACCGCCUCGGCGGCAGCGGACAAGCGCUCAGCUCACUCCCCGCCUGCGGACAACCGCUUACCUAGCAUGGCGCUCCGUUUAACCGCUUAAGUCGCAUUUUCGCCGAAAACGUAAUUGUGGUAUCAUUCGAAAGAGAAUUUCCGUCUCUUUCGUAUGAUACAAAUAUAUUACGGACAGUUUCCGCACUGGCUGUCGCU